UGGAGAGGAAUGGGGCGGUGUGUGUGUCUGUGUGUGUGUGGAGGGGGAGGGACGGAUGGCUGGCUGUGGCAGGUCUGCGGUGCGGGGCUGAAUCUCAAUGAGAAAGCGGUCAAUGUAAAUCACUGCAAGACACGGAGGAGAGAGAGAACAGCAUCUGCCGUCCGACCGACCGACCAGCCAGCCAGCCAGCCUCCUCUGCGGGACAACAAAGGAGGUUCCGGGCUCACAUCACGACUCCUGUCAGCACAACCCAACAUCUGAAUCGUGACCAUUACGAAGAAACCUUGAAUAUUCCCUAAAUCUUCUCCUUUAGGCAAGUAGAAAGACCUAAUCUGACUAGACGACAUGGAGGAACACUUUGACGAGAGGGACAAAGUGCAACGCACCAGCCGAAGCGCAGGCCGGACGAACGGGCUGUUCAGCCCCACUCACAGCGCCCACUGCAGCCUGUACCGGACACGCACCCUCAAAGCUCUGAGCCAGGAGAAGAAGGCGAAGAAAGUGCGCUUUUACCGCAAUGGUGACAAGUAUUUCAACGGCAUAGUGUACGCCAUCUCAUCGGACCGGAUAAGAACCUUUGACGCUUUGCUGGCCGACCUGACCCGAACCCUCUCUGACAACGUCAACCUGCCCCAAGGGGUGCGAAUCAUCUACACAAUAGAUGGUUCCAAAAAAAUCACCAGUAUAGAUCAGCUGGUGGAAGGUGAGAGUUACGUGUGUGGCUCCACCGAAGCCUUUAAAAAACUCGACUACUCCAACAAUGUCAACCCUAACUGGUCUGUGAAUGUGAGGGCCCUGGGCUCCAGCAAAUGCCCCACGUCUCUAGCCAGCUUGAAAUCAGGACCGCAGUCCAAAGAGGGCAAAGACUUCAUCAGACCCAAACUGGUCACCAUUGUCCGCAGUGGGGUGAAGCCGCGGAAGGCAGUCCGCAUCCUGCUUAACAAGAAGACGGCUCACUCCUUUGAGCAAGUUCUCACUGACAUUACAGAUGCUAUAAAGCUUGAUUCUGGCAUUGUCAAGGCGAUCUACACUCUUGAGGGAAAACAGGUCAUGUGUCUUCAAGAUUUCUUCGGAGAGGAGGACAUCUUCAUUGCAUGUGGCCCGGAGAAGUUCCGUUUCCAGGAUGACUUUAUGUUGGAUGAAAGCGAGUGCCAAGUAGUGAAAUCAACAUCUUCUGGAAAGAUGGGGUCUUUAAACAGAAGCUCUCCCAGAAGUCUCACCCUUUCCAGACGCAGCAAGUCUCCUUCUGGAUCAGUGAAUGGGACCUCGGCCAGUCAGCUGUCCACACCCCAUUCUGCAAAAUCGCCCAGUCCAUCUCCCACCAGCCCCGGGAGCUUGAAGAAACACAGGGGAUCCCAGCACAGCGGUUCCUCUCUGUCUGUGGCCUCUACCAAAGUUUGCAGUAUGGAGGAGGAGGAAGCGCCCGUAAGUGAUGCCGAGCCCUUGGAGGAGACGCCGAUACCAACAGUCCCAAGCUCCAUUUCGGAUCGGUACAAAGUGGGCCGAAUGAUCGGAGACGGGAACUUUGCGGUAGUCCAUGAGUGUGUAGAGCACUCGACUGGCAGGGCGUACGCUCUGAAGAUCAUCAACAAAGGCAAAUGCAAAGGAAAGGAGCAUAUGAUCCAGAAUGAGGUGGCUAUCCUCAGAAGAGUGAAACACCCAAACAUCGUGUUGCUGAUUGAGGAAAUGGACACUUACAGUGAACUCUACCUGGUCAUGGAGCUUGUUAAGGGAGGAGAUCUUUUUGAUGCCAUUACCUCCACAAACAGAUACACUGAACGGGAUGCCAGUGGCAUGCUGUACAACCUGGCCAAUGCUAUCAAGUACUUACACAGCCUUAACAUCGUCCACAGGGACAUCAAGCCAGAGAACCUUUUGGUGUAUGAGCAUCAAGAUGGAAGCACAUCCCUGAAGCUGGGCGACUUUGGCUUGGCCACCGUGGUGGACGGACCUCUCUACACUGUCUGUGGAACACCCACUUAUGUAGCACCAGAGAUUAUCGCAGAGACCGGGUAUGGCCUUAAGGUAGAUAUUUGGGCCGCUGGGGUCAUCACAUAUAUUCUACUCUGUGGCUUUCCUCCAUUUCGUGGGAGCACUGAUGAUCAAGAAGCGCUGUUUGACCAGAUACUGUUGGGACAGUUAGAAUUCCCUCUUCCGUAUUGGGACAAUGUAUCAGACUCAGCCAAAGAGCUGAUAGUGUCUAUGCUGCAGGUGGAAGUGGAUCAGAGAUACACAGCGCUGCAGGUGCUGGAACAUCCCUGGGUCACUAAUGACGGUCUGUCAGAAAACGAGCAUCAGCUGUCGGUGGCAGGAAAGAUCAAGAAGCACUUUAACACUGGGCCCAAGCCCAGCAACAACACCCCGGGAGUGUCUGUGAUGACGACCACCGCUCUUGAUAAGGAGAGGCAGAUUCUCCGACGAGGAUGCCACCAGAAUGUGAGCGCAGCUGCCUGGACCACCCAGCCGACCUGUAGCCUCCACAUCCCAGCCUUUACUCCCAAUCUACACCUCGACCCCCUGUCCCAGCCGCCCAGCGGACUCCCCGCUCCAGCCCUCAUCCCCACUCCAUGUCCCUCUACCACCACCGCCACCACCACUACGCCCGAGUCUGAAGACUUUUCCGCCUGCUCCACGGAGACUGUUCGCUCCCUCUUCUCCCCUUUCUAGCAUCGAAAGGGAAGGGGACGAGUGGAAAGGGCACCAAAAGAGAAGAAGGGUUUAUGAGGAUUCGGAACGUGAUGAACUGAACCAUUUUGUAAUCUGAUCACAUAAAGGUGCAGGGAAAAUGAUGACCGUCAAGAAGGGGGUUUCUUGUUUAUUUAUGGUCAUUAUAAUACCUUUUAUUUAUAUGUAAUAAAUACACAUUCUUUUUUAUUCAAGUUCAAAAAUGUCUUUUUCUGUUGAAGCACCUUAGAAAUUUGAUGUUUUUACGGGUCCGGUAUUGUUCAUAUGUUUCAGAGGGAAACUGUAAGGACUUUUAGCGAACUUGAUUCUUGGUAAUUAGUACUUUGUUCACAAAAACCUUUCUAAGUAGACACAAAAUUAUUUGAAUUGCCGAUACCUCUUCAGAGAUAAACUCCUAUGUGGAUUUUCUUUCUAUUGUGGUUGCACAGAACUUGUUCAUAUGCGAGAUGGGGACCUUUUUUCUAAUCAGUGUAAAUAAUAUAAUUUCAAUUAUUUUGAUAUUGACAAUAUAUUUCUUUAUCUUAACUAGACAAUGUAAGUCACAUUUAACCAUUUUUGCAGUUUUUAGGUAUAUGGAACAUAAGCACAAAUGCAUUGGGGGAAAGACAUAAGCAACAUUCCUUAAUACAGGGUCAGCUCUUGGAAAUACAAAUGCCAACGGUUCGGUCUGAUGAAUGCAGGACAUUGAUUCAGUGGUGCCUCUGUGUCAUGAGAAGCGCUGCUGUUAGUGUCAGGAGGUCAGAUUGGGAUUGAGUGUUUCUGAAGUGCAGUAAGAGGUGUACUAGUAACUCAUAGCCCUGCUUACUGUGUCAUUGUAUUCUCUCAUUAGUGCAUGGAAUACAGACUGGCUCUUACAUUAUAAUUUGAGACAUUAUCUUAAUAAAAAAUAUAUUAUAACCUCA